UGAUUGUUAGGACUCGCCUUUGGCUUCCGCGCAUCUUUCCGUCGUUUGCAGCGUUGUCGGCCGCCUGUUUUGCCUGUUUUUCGCAUUUGUGCUCGUAAAAGUUCCUGCUUUGAAUGCAAGUGAGGAUGGUGGGACCGGUUUCAGAAAUCUGAUUUAAAACUCUCCGCUCCUCCACUUCCUUGGGAUCCUUCGUUUGGGAAUGCCGAUGCGUGUCGCGGUUUGCAGCAAAGCAGUAACCUGUUGGUUGGUGCCGGUUGUCUCUUCCACGCAUCCCAGCAACUUAUUUUUUCCUAAGGAGGACCGCGAAACGCUAUGGGAAAAUAGCUUUAAGCCGUGCCGCUCCGAUAUUUUUUGUCAUUAUGUUAGACUAAAGGCAGGGAAAUGGCUCUACAGUUUUGGUAUUUACCUCGCGGGGUUAUCUAUAAAGUUUAUCUUAAGGAAAAUCGUGUUAUAAAGAGAAAUGUGGAUGAACAACUAAGAAUUAAGACAGUAUAUGACAAAAGUAUUGAGGAAUUGCCACCUGAAAAAAAGCACCUUAUAAAGAAUAAGCUUUUCCCGCAAGCUAUUUCCUAUUUAGAGAAGACAUUUCAAGUACGGAAACCUACUGGUACCAUUCUAUUAAGCAGACAGUGUGUAACAAAUGAAUAUUUAAGGAAGAAAGAUGACCCUCACCGAUACUGCCGAAAAGCCUGUGCAGAAUAUACAAAGUGUGGUCCAGUCACAGUUCCUGAGGAACACCUGCAGCAAUGUAGGGCGUGUAAUGAAAUGCUGGAUUGUGGACCUGUUGGUGUAAGAGACCAAAAAGGGGUUCGAGAUGCUGACUUUGUGUUAUAUGUUAGUGCUCUGACUACUGAAAGGUGUGGCCAAGAAAAUAUUAUUGCAUAUGCAGCAUACUGUCAACUAGAAGCUGAUAUGGACAGACCAAUUGCAGGGUAUGCUAAUCUUUGUCCGAAUAUGAUUUCAACCCAAGCACAAGAAUUUGCUGGCAUGCUGUCUACUGUGAAACAUGAAAUCAUUCAUGCACUGGGUUUUUCUGCUGGGCUGUUUGCAUUUUAUCGUGAUGAUGAUGGAAAUCCUUUGACUGCCCCAUCUCAAAAUGGAUUGCCACCCUUUAAUGAAAGCCUUGGUGUAUAUCAAUGGAGCAAUAAAGUAGUAAAUAGCGCUGUGCGGUUAUGGGAUGUACGGGGCAAUAAGAAACUGCUUCACAAUGUAUUCCUUCUGAUAACUCCUAAAGUAGUUGAGGAGGCCCGAAAACACUUUGGAUGUCAAUUUCUAGAGGGGAUGGAACUUGAAAAUCAAGGUGGCAUGGGUACAGAGCUCAAUCAUUGGGAAAAGAGAUUGUUGGAGAAUGAAGCUAUGACUGGAUCGCACACUCAGAACAGGGUCUUCUCCCGCAUCACUUUGGCAUUAAUGGAAGACACUGGCUGGUAUAAAGCCAAUUACAACAUGGCAGAAAAGCUUGAUUGGGGCAGAGAUAAAGGCUGUGACUUUGUGAUGAAAAGCUGUAAGUUUUGGAUUGAUCACAAGAGGAGAAGGAAAGAAUUGGUGGAUCCAUAUUGUGACACUCUGCGGACUAAUCCAUUGCAGCUAACCUGUAGACAGGACCAAAGAGCAGUGGCAGUGUGCAAUUUACAGAAAUUCCCACAACAGCUGCCUCAGGAAUAUCAGUAUUUUGACCGUCUUUAUGGGGUACCAUCAGAAGAUUUGCCUUAUUAUGGUGGGUCUGUUGAAAUUGCUGACUUCUGUCCAUUCAGUCAGGAAUUUAGCUGGCACUUAAGUGGUGAAUUUCAGCGAAGUUCAGACUGUAGAAUACUUGAAAAUCAACCAGAUCCUUUCAAAAACUAUGGUGCAGAGAAAUAUGGACCAAAUUCUGUGUGUCUCAUUCAGAAGUCAGCUUUUGUUAUGGAACAAUGCAGAAAGAAACUCAGUUACCCUGACUGGGGCAGUGGCUGUUACCAGGUUUCUUGUUCUCCCCGUGGGCUGACUGUUUGGGUCAAGGAUGAGUCAUAUUUGUGCAGUCGCUCAGGUCAAAUCCUAACCGUGAAUAUUCAGAUGAAUGGAUGGGUACAUAUUGGGAACCUAAUUUGCCCAGCGUGUUCAGACUUCUGCGAUUUCUGCCCACCUGAGCAGGAUCCUCCUCCAGUUGCUAAUUUAACAAGACUCACAUCUAUUGAUUUGUGUUCCUGUUCCCCUAGCCUGGUAGUAACCCUAUGGCUAUUGAUGGCAAACUUGCUUCCGCUACUGGCUGGAUUUCUUCUUUGUGCAUGGAGUUAAACCGGGCUCCCAGGUUACCCCAUAGACUACGUCUAGAGUACACUCCAUUUGAGUUCUUCUCAAAGGCAGCUAUCCGGAAGAGCAAACACAUCUCCACCUGCCUUGUGGCAAGAAGGCCGGCUGAUCACAGGCAGAAGGUGCUGGAGAAACAGCCUCCAUCCCGAGAGAGGCAAAGUUUACAGCGUCAUCUCAAUAAGUGCCAGUAUUACAGUUUUGUUUUUACAUUGGUAACAAAUUGUGGGGAACAAAAUCGCCAGUAGUGUUAUGUUGCCACUGGUCUGGAGCACUCUUGAUAGGCAGAAUUCUCUGAGACAGGUAGCAGAAUUUUUUGCAUCCUUAGAGAUAUACCUCAGAGUUUCCUUUAAUUUAAAAGCCAUGAAAAUAAGUCGUCAUCAUUGCUAAUAACUUGAGCCUAGUGUGGCUUUAUGGAUUCUUGCAGAUGUAUCCAAAGAGUUAGCCUUUUGGUACAGCUUUAGGAUGCUUCCAGAACUUAUUUGCUUUGUACACUCUGGUGAUUUGAAGAUACAGUGGUACCUCGGGUUAAGUACUUAAUUUGUUCCGGAGUUCCGUUCUUAACCUGAAACUGUUCUUCACCUGAAGCACCACU